UUUUUGACUGGUGAGAAUGUCGGAUAAAGAGGAAUGCAGUGAAAAAACGGAAGAGGACGGAGAUGGCGAGAGGUACUCAUACAGCGAAGAUUCGUUAUCCUCUGGAGACCUCACAGAUGAUUCUGAGGUGACCAGUGUCACCGGUAGAUCAUCCCUCAGCGAGGAAUCCUUUCCUCCCUCGAAGGAGUCCCCCGAAGUGGUUGAAAAUUCUAAUUACCAGAAGAGGAGUUAUUCUUCAUCAAGUGGCAGGCCAUCUCCAACUGGAGUCAAUUGCGCUCGGAGGAAGAACAUGAGCUUCACGAAUAUGGAGAUGAUGAAAAUCGAGAGGGAAAAUCAGUGCUUGCUCAGGAAAAUAAUGGCCCAGCAGAGGCAGAAAAAAUCCGGCAGAUUUUCCUCGGGAGUUGCACCACGUCUGGCGAGUUCUGCGAUUAAUCGGAGAAGAAUGCAGAGGAGAAUUGACGAAGAUAAUAUUACGAUACUGAGAAAAAUUCAAGAGGUCAAAUCAUCUUCACUGUCUGGUAAAAGAUCUGGGGUCUGCGAAUCGACAUCCUAUUGAAGUGAAAUUUCUUUUGAAAUAGCUAAAACGAUUUUUUAAUUAAUAAAUACACUUACACCCAAAUUACUCGAUUCCAUCAGAUCCUGAAGAUUUGAGAUUUAUUGAAACACAACAAUUAGCAGUCUUACAAAGUAGGUACAGUUCAAUCGAAUCCACCACUCUCCAGUCCAGCUGUUACCUCCAAUUUCGUUCGUACUUCGAUACACAAGAAAAAGAAAAAAAUUUUUACCUUCUCAAACCCGAUAAUUUCGUAGUUCAUUCACCGAGUGUAGUUCAGUUCCGAAGUAGUAAAACAAGAUGAGUUGAAUUAGCCAGAUGUAUUAAAUAUCGACUGAUCCAAAAAAAAAAAGUUAAAAACUUAAUCAGCACCAAAAAAGUCCUUUAAUGUUUUCAUAUCGAAUUCAUAAUUUUCGAGGUAAAUGGGUAAUAAAAUGAUUAUUGAAUUCUACACGUCUCAAUUUAUCACUUGGCACUGUCUUGGAAAGCGACGAGGAGAGAAUUAACAGAUGAAAAAAAAA